UCUCGUAUGGUGUACUUGUAUUAUAUCUGUGUGAGUUUUGAUGUCGUGUUGACUUACAGACACGAGCAUUAAGCUCACGAAGAGGAAUGUUCCAUCACAUGUCAGCUCCGUGACUUCCACCAAUGAGCGGCGUGUUGGUCAACGCUGAGCCGUCUUCCGUGCAGCUUCUCCCGCCUGCCAGAGGAGAGCAGUCGAGCUCGGGGUGGAAGAUGGCGGUGGUGGUGGGGAUGCUGUUUGCAAGUGGAUCUCUGCAGUUUUACCCCAAACCCACCCUGGCGGACGUGGACUACAACAAUGAGCGACUUUAUGUCUUUUCUACGCUUUUUGGUCGGUUUUAGCAAGGAUACCUCGCCUUUUUUUUUUUUUGUCAUCGGUCGUGUGCGUGCGUCGUCUUCUUGUCCGGAGACUUUUCCCCUCUGAGCUCCCACAGGCUGCGAGUGUGAAAGUGGACAAAAAUGUCGGAUACAAAAGUCAAAGUUGCAGUGAGAGUUCGGCCCAUGAACCGCAGAGAAAUGGAGCUGAAUACAAAAUGCGUGGUGGACAUGGAGGACAACCAAACGCUUCUGCACCCCCCGCCCUCCAAUGCUAAAGGAGACAACAGCAGGAAGCAAGCUAAGGUGUUCGCCUUCGACCACUGUUUCUGGUCCAUGGAUGAGUCCAAUGUUCCCAAAUAUGCUGGUCAAGAGGUGGUGUUCAAGUGCCUUGGAGAGGGGAUACUUGAAAAUGCAUUCCAGGGAUAUAAUGCUUGCAUAUUUGCCUAUGGACAAACAGGUUCUGGCAAGUCUUUUUCCAUGAUGGGGAACGGGGACCAGCCGGGUUUGAUCCCUCGACUCUGCUGCUCGCUUUUCGAGAGGGUCCAGAGAGAAUCAAACGAGGCCCAUACUUUUAAAGUGGAAGUGUCCUACAUGGAAAUCUAUAACGAGAAAGUCCGCGAUCUACUGGAUCCCAAAGGGAGCCGGCAGUCUCUGAAGGUUCGGGAACACAAAGUCCUGGGUCCAUACGUGGAUGGUUUGUCUCAGCUGGCAGUGACCAACUUUGAGGACAUUGAGGUGCUCAUGUCGGAGGGGAACAAAUCUCGCACAGUGGCAGCCACCAACAUGAAUGAGGAGAGCAGUCGAUCUCAUGGAGUCUUCAGUAUUAUUGUCACACAAACGCUCUACGACCUACAGUCUGGGAAUUCCGGGGAGAAGGUGAGCAAGAUGAGUCUCGUUGACCUUGCAGGAAGUGAGCGAGUGUCCAAGACAGGAGCUGCUGGGGAGCGACUCAAAGAAGGCAGCAACAUAAACAAGUCUUUGACUACGCUAGGUUGUGUGAUUUCUGCAUUAGCCGAUCAGUCUGCAGGGAAGGGGAAGGCCAAAUUUGUGCCUUACAGAGACUCUGUCCUUACCUGGCUGCUCAAGGACAAUCUUGGCGGAAACAGUAAAACGGCUAUGAUAGCCACAGUGAGUCCUGCAGCAGAUAACUAUGAAGAGACUCUUUCCACUCUGCGCUACGCCGAUCGAGCCAAAAGGAUCAUCAACCACGCCGUGGUGAACGAAGACCCCAAUGCUCGCAUCAUUCGGGAACUCCGAGAGGAGGUGGAGAAGCUCAAAGUCCAGCUGUCUCAGGCGGAAUCCUUGAAGGCACCUGAGCUAAAAGAUAAGCUACAUGAAUCUGAGAAACUCAUUAUGGAGAUGACCGUGACUUGGGAGGAAAAACUUCGAAAGACUGAGGAGAUCGCCACGGAGCGCCAGAAGCAGCUGGAGAGCAUGGGCAUCUCUUUGGAAACAUCCGGGAUAAAAGUGGGUGAAGACAAGAAUUUCCUGGUCAAUCUGAACGCUGACCCGGCCUUAAAUGAGCUACUGGUCUACUACCUGAAGGAGCUCACGCAUGUCGGCGCUGACACUUCUCAGGACAUCCAGCUCUUUGGGAUCGGUAUCCAGCCGCACCAUUGUGUCCUGGAGCUGUGCCAAGAUGGUGACGUCACUUUGACGCCCAUAGGGAACGCCCGGACCUGCGUGAACGGAACAAUGAUUGAUUCUUUGGUCCACCUCUGGCAUGGGGACCGUAUUUUAUGGGGCAACAACCACUUUUUUAGGAUAAAUCUUCCUAAACGAAAGCGGCGGGAUCGUUUGAAGGAGCUGGAGAGGGUCUCUCCCAGGGAGAGCUUUGUGGAGAUGGAUGUGGAGACGGCCAGCGAGGCUUCUUCUGAGCAGGACUACAGUUAUGAGUUUGCCCAGAUGGAGGUCAUAAUGAAGACUCUUGGGAACAAUGACCCCAUGCAGAAUGCUGUCCAGGUUCUGGAAAAGCAGUACCUGGAGGAGAAGCGCACAGCUCUGGAGGAGCAGAGGAUGAUGUACGAGCGAGAGCUGGAAUCGCUACGACAACAGCUUUCUCCAGAGAAAACACAACAGCACCACCGCAGCAGCAGUGAACGCCUCACGUUCCAGUCGCACACACCACACAGCAAGCUGCAACUGUGGACAGAGGAAAGGGAUGAACUUUUCCGCCAGAGUCUUUCUCGGCUGAGGGAGCAGGUCCUAAAAGCCAAAACGCUGGUGCGAGAGGCCAACUUUUUGGCUGAGGAGAUGAGCAAACUGACUGACUUUCAGGUCACGCUUCAGAUUCCUGCAGCCAACCUUAGUGCCAACCGCAAGCGUGGAGCCAUAGUGAGUGAGCCGGCUAUUCAGGUGCGCAGGAAGGGGAGGGGAACUCAGGUGUGGACGAUUGACAAGCUGGAAAACAAGCUGGUGGAUAUGAGAGACCACUACAGGGACUGGAAGGAAGGCUCGGAGGAGAUGUUGCAGUACAACAAGGCAAACGGUAAACACUCCGACCCAUUUUACGACGCACAAGAAAACCACAAUCUCAUAGGAGUGGCCAACAUUUUUCUGGAGUGCCUCUUCCAUGAUGUCAAGCUGCAAUACGCUGUUCCCAUCAUCAGUCAACAGGGGGAGUUAGCCGGCAGGUUGCACGUAGAGCUGAUGCGAGUCAGCGGCACUGUGCCUGAGCGCCUAUCUGGUGGAGACGACUCCUCUGAGAACUCAAGUGAGAGCAGCUGCUACGAGGUGAUGGACACCAAUGGAGAGAUUGUCCACAUGGCCAAGAGGCUCAUUAUCAGGGUUCGCAUCAGGGAGGCAACAGGGCUGCCUCUCAAUCUGUCCAACUUUGUCUUCUGUCAGUACAAUUUCUGGGAACAUGGCGAGCCCACAGUGGCUCCUCCAAUGGUGAGCCCAGACAGGCCGUCCUCUCUGAACCCAGAUACUCAGUUUACGGUCCAGUUUGACCACUGCAAGGAAUAUGUUGUUCAUGUGACAGAUGACUUUUUGGAGUUCAUAUCAGACGGAGCCUUGGCGAUAGAAGUGUGGGGUCACUGGUGUGCUAAAAAUGGACGCCGUCCGUGGGAGUUAGACGCACUGGAAGCCAAGACUCAAACACUCCGAGACAGGUGGAGCGAAGUGUCUCGCAGGAUCGAGCUGUGGGUCUCCAUCCAGGAGUUGAAUGAACAGGGAGAGUACUCUGCCGUGGAGCUGCUUCCUGGAAAAGACAUCAGCACAGGAGGAGUCUUCCAACUGCGGCAGGGUCACUCCAGGAGGCUUCAUGUCAGCGUGAAUCCGGUCCAGAACUCAGGCACCCUGCCUCUGCUGAUGGAGGCCUUGUUGUCUGUGUCUAUUGGCUGUGUGACGGUGCGAUCCUCCAAAUUGCAGAGACCCCUUGAUACCUACCAGAGAGAGGUGGAGGACGAUAUGGAUAGUUAUCAGGAAGAAGAUUUGAGCUGUGUAAGAGAGCGAUGGUCAGACGCUCUGAUCAAACGACGAGAGUACCUUGAUGAACAGAUCAAGAGGAUCAUCAACAAGCACGAGAAGUCAGAAGAGGAUGUUGAGCGUGAAGCCCGGCUGGUGGAACAAUGGGUCGGCCUUACUGAGGAAAGAAACGCAGUGCUCGUCCCCACACCGGCAAGUGGCAUCCCAGGAGCUCCUGCUGACUGGACCCCACCUGCUGGUUUGGAGGCUCACAUUCCAGUACUCUUUUUGGAUUUGAACGCUGAUAAUCUGACUGUGAAUGAGCAGCUGACAGGCCCACAUGCUGCAGGUGUUAACUCUAUCCUUCCCAAAGAGCAUGGAAGCCAGUUCUUCUAUCUGCCUAUCAUCAGGCAUAGUGAUGAAGAGGUGUCUGCACUGUGCUCCUGGGACUCAUCCAUCCACGAUUCUGUACACCUCAACCGGAUCACAUCUCCACAUGAGCGCAUCUACAUGAUCCUCAAAGCCACAGUGCAGCUCAGCCACCCCGCCUCUAUGGAGCUGGUCCUCCGCAAGAGGGUGGCUGUCAACAUCUACAACAAACAGAGCUUCACACAGAGCCUCAAAAGGAGAAUGUCCCUCAAAAACACACUUUACUCCUGUGGUGUGACCUACGAGAUUGUGUCCAAUAUACCAAAGGCCUCGGAGGAGCAGGAAGAAAGAGAGACCUUGGCCCUGAUGGCUGCUCGUGCAGACAGCGAGGAGACUCAGGAUGGAGAAACUUACAUCGAGAAAUACACUCGAGGAGUUCUGCAAGUGGAGAACAUCCUGAGUUUAGAGAGGCUACGACAGGCUGUGACAGUAAAAGAGGCGGUGGCUGCCAAGGGACGUCAUCUCAGAAGAAGCAUCAGUACACCCAAUGUCCAACAUUCGUCCUGCAGUAAAACAGACCUGACUGGCUGUGAGGAUGAAGACUGCAAGAACCACUGUGAUCGUGUCGAUAGCUGUAACCCUCAGGAUGGCUCUCUAUGCAACACACCCGUGAAGAACAAGGAGGGUCCAGUUCCAGAGAGUCCUACAUUCUUCAACACGAGUCCCUUCAAGCUUCUGUCCCCACAGCCGUCUAAGUUCCUCAAGUCCCUGCUGCCUGUUAAGGAGGAGAACAAGGUGAAGAAAGUCCUGGAGUCACGUCCAUUGCUUGGACAGGAGAGCAUGCGCUCAUGUGUGGACAGCCCUGCACUGCUCCCCCCUCCCUGCCCCUGGCGAAGACCCAGGGCAGGCAGCGAGGGCCACUGCAAGCCUUCCACCCCCACUGUUACCUCCACCUCCACCUGCAGACAGCUCAGCCGCACACUGCCUCAGGGUGCUCACGAGUCUGAUGAGGAGACUGAUGUUGAUGUGACUCUCAAUCUGGACCGAAACCCUCAAGACCACUUCCAGUCGUACAUCCCAGAGGACUUUGCAAACUUCGACGUCUACAACGCCACUCUAGGGAGCCGUGUUGAUUCCAAAGAGAGAAGAGAGGUGUCUCGUAGCCCCACCACUAGCAGCUGCACCAGCGGUUACUUUUCCCACAGUGCCUCCAACGCCACGCUGUCCGACAUGCCUUUCACCUCCAGUGAGAGCUCUGAUCACCUUAGCUGCGCCUCCAGGGAUUCCCAUGACCCCCAAGGAUGUCCUUCUGGAAGAGGCUACACACAAAUUAAAGGCGAAGACCAACAGCCUGUCAGCCCCUCCGCUUCUCGACCUAUCAGUGUUACUUGUGGCAAGCAGAAAACAUUCCCUCAAAACUGUGUUCUCAGUUGCAGCCAGGAGUUUACGGACUUUAAAGGGGCUGAUGACAGUACUACACAAGAGGAUUUGGACCACUUUGCAGAGAGAUGGGAGCAGGAGGGGGACGAGAUCUGCACACAACUGAAUAAGACAGACUCUUCUGAUGACGUUGCGAGUAUUAACAGUUCUGACAACGCCUCGGCUGCUAUACACAAAUAUCCUGUUGCAAGUAACACCACUGUAGUUUACACCUCAGUCAGACCUUCAAAUAUCACCCCAUCUCCAACCUCCGCAUCACCUCCUCCUCCAGCAUCACCGCCCGCAGGCACAGCUUUGUCCAAAGCCCAGACCCUGACAGGAGGAGACCCUCCGUUCCAGGAGCCAGUGCAGGGAGACGUGCCGCUGCACGGGAGCCCUUGUCCGAGCCCGAACCCCAGCAGCACAGAACCCUCCGGGGACUCCAGCGGGGAUGAGAGCACCCCUGUCGCCCAGCUCCCAGAUUGGAUGGCGCCUGGAGAGAUGGUGUGGGUCGGGAAGAGACGAGGAACGGUCCACUAUGUCGGAGGGGUGGAGUUUGCCAAGGGAAUCUGGGUUGGUGUGAAACUGGACCUGGCAGUGGGUAAGCACAAUGGUACAGUCCAGGGCAGAGUGUACUUUCGAUGUCCGCCAGGUCACGGCGUGUUUGUGAAACCAUCUCGUCUCUCAAGAGACACGCCCUUCAUGGACACAGAAUCAGCCACGCUGAUCAGAUAAGAAACAAAGACUUCAACCCCAGCUAUUGUUUUACCUUCUAAUGAAGCUACAAUCUAAUCACUGAAUAUGCACAUGCUCAUUAUGCACAUACUUUUCCAUUUGCUGAUGGGUUUUUAAUAUAACUGGGAGUCCAUAUUGAAAUACUAUAGCCACUUCAAGUAUCCUAUUUUUCUACGUCCAUUCAUUAUUCCCUGAGGCUCAUCUGAUGAUUAAUCUGGGAUAUGAAGAUUAAGAAUGUACUACUGUUAAUAAUAAGCAUUGCUUUGCAUUCAUGUGUGACAUGUAUGGGGCAACCAAAGAGUCUCAUAUCUGCUGUUGGAAAGGUUGCAAAAUAGGGCUGGAAAAUGUAUUGCAAAUGAAUGGACUAAGGAUUUUAUUUAAUGAGAAUUUAUGGCAAUCAAUUAGACAACAACAAAAACAUGAAGCACAUUGCAGGGUAGAAAUGAAAAUGCCAUAUUGAAUAGGCAAUAUGAUACUGAAAUGUUUAUGUAACUCAUUUCAAUGAUUUAUUUGUAAUUUUGCACAACUUCUUUCAUGAUUUUAUUUCCUGUAAAUACAUACAAUUCAAGUUAAUUCCCGGAAAUAAUUUUGCAGCCGUCGUUUUAAAUUCCAGUGACCUGAAUAUAAGACAGGGUCUCUUUUUCAAGGCCAGAUUUUGAAAAAGUUUAUAUAUAUAUAUACAUAUAUAUAUAUUUGUUAAUGAAGGAGCGCUGUCAGACAUCUAAGAAAUAUAUAUAUAUGUAUAGAUAUAUAUAUAUAUAUAUAUAUAUAUAUAUAUAGAUAUUACCAUUAUCUUAAAAUUAGCGCUGUCGAAUUAUAUAUUUUUUUUCAUCAGAUUAAUCACACUUUUGAAUUUAGAUUAAACAGGAUCAGACGUGGGUAGUAAAGCGCUACAUUUACUCCGUUACAUCUACUUGAGUAACUUUUGGGAUAAAUUGUACUUCUAGGAGUAGUUUUAAUGCAACAUACUUUUACUUUUACUUGAGUAUAUUUAUAGAGAAGAAACGCUACUUUUACUCAGCUGCAAUUAUCUUUAUUCAGCUCGCUACUGAUUUUUAUCGAUCUGUUAAUGCACGCUUUGUUUGUUUUGGUUUGUCAGACAAACUUUCAAAGUAGGAUCUAUCGCAUGCCUGCGUUUCACCACUCAAAUGCAGUCACUUCUGACGUUUGACUCUGUUUCACCAAUCAAACAGAGCCAGGCGGUCACAUGAUUAACUGCACUUUUUUUUUUUUUUUAAUAAACCUUUACUUAUACAUUUCAACAUUUACAGUUGAAAAUAAUAAUCAAAGUAAGUACAAAAACAGUACAAAACAGAAUAAAAAACAUAAAAAACAGUGCCAGGGGGUUGUAAAUUCAAAGUAACUAAAAUAGAAUGCAAAAAAUAUAUAUAAAAUAAACAAAGUGCAAAGCCAUAGGCUCACUCAAUCUCAAUAAAUAACUUAAAUUUGGAACACAGCAUCAUCGUUUUCACAGCUUUUUGGUUGUUAGAGGUUGAGUUUUUUUAAUGUAGAGUUCUAAAUAUUUUUUAAAUGAACAAAAAACAGGCCGGGUAUUGAAAAACUUACAUUUAUGAAUAUAAAACUUAGCCAAUAGUAUAAUGAGGUUGCAAAGGUAAAAUUAAUUUAAUUUAUUUUUUGGAAUAGUAUAAAACCAAACAUAUAUUAUUUAAUAUAUAUUAUUAUUUGAGUUGCUUGAGAGAUAUUCCUGGCUCGAAUUUGUUCAUUGCUAUUUUUAUGUUUUUGUGCAUUACUUGUUCCCGUCAUCAUUAAAGGAACAGGUCACUCAUCAGUUACUCAUUACUUGAGUAGUUUUUUCACAACAUACUUUUAAUUUUACUCAAGUAAAUAUUUGGGUGACUACUCCUUACUUUUAAUUGAGUGAUAAAUCUCUAAAGUAACAGUACUCUUACUUGAGUACAAUAUCUGGCUACUCUACCCACCUCUGAACAGGAUUAAUAAAAUUUUUUAAUUUGAAUUAAUCACAGGUUAUGAUUGCUCACUUGCAUGAUUUAAUUUACUUAGAAAAAAGUUUGGACAGAAAUGGCAUUUUAUGGUACGAGUGUCAUACGUUGAUACUUGCUCCUUGAAUGCACAUCAUUUGUUUUUUUCAAAACUUAAUGCCGGUAGUUUUAUCUGAAGUCCAGUCAGAUACAGAUCACUAACCUUAUAACGACCCACGCCUCCUUUCAGGUAACCAGUAAAGGAGCACAUACGGUCAAAAUAAAUUGCGUGAUUAAUCUGCGAAUAUACAUGAUUAAUGCGCAAUUUUACAAAUACAAGAAUGUGUGUGCAUGCGUGCAUGUGUGUGUAAGUGACAUUAAGAAAAGGUCUAACUUUUUUCAGAGUAGUACAAACUGUAGUUUGGUUCCACUUGCUGCUUUGCAUGUGUAAAAAAAACUGUCCAUGACUUGACUUUUUAUAGAUUUUUAGGAGGAAAACUGUCCUAUAUUCAGGUCAACUGGUUUUUUGUGGGGGAGUUUGUGUUUACCCUAUAUAGUAUAUUCUCACAUAUCCUCAUGCUCAGCAAAACCUGCAUUGCCUUCACUUUGUUGAAGUGUCCUGUUGAAGUACUGUAACACUGUGGAUCGCAACAUCCCCUACCCGGCAUAACCGUGGUGCUGUUGGAACGCUUGCACUGGAAAGAAUCCUCAGAGACGCUCUUCCAUACAAUAAACUGACAAAACCAGAAUUCAGCCUCCAAGACGGAAAAACUGCAUUGCUUUCGACGCACGGAAUUCAGAUUUUAUUGGCUUUGUCACAACAAUGCCUUAUUUCCCUGCUUCCGGCACAUAUUCUAAAAAAACAAAAAGAGUGUACCUGUACUUGUGUGUUUAUUAGUGGUUUUCUCAAUGCCACUCAGUCUUAUUGGCAAAUGUGUGUUUAUAACGCCACAUGUUCGCAGGUACUCAAUAAUGUAUUAUGUCCUGUGGAGGAUCAAAUGACUGUGCGAUGAAGUGUCAUGUGACACAGAAACACGCUCUAUGGUGAACUGUGGACUAGAAAGAGCGAUAUAUCAAUAUAAAUAUGUAUAUGUAUGUAUGUAUGUACAAAUGAAAGAAACCCAAGAUAUUUCGCUCCAUAAAGGUCAAAGCUGCUCUCCCGUUUAUGGAGAUGUAAAUACCAAGUGUUUUUAAAAAAUGCAUUUGCGCUGUUAUAAAUGUACAGAUUUUGUAUUUAUGAUGUAUGGCUGUUUGAAUUGGUACAAUAAUGUUCUAGAAUAGAACAUAUACAAUCCAUCCACCUUGUUAACUUUUCUGUUCUACUGCACACCCAAUUAUGUAUUUUAGUGUCUUUUUAAAGCCAUACAUAGCAUUGCUGUGCAAUGAAGGGCAUGUUUCUACUGUU